AUGGCAGAAUUGCCCAUGAUCAACUUGUAUGUCAAGUGGCCACCUAUGCCCCACACCCCAAAGUAUGAGAUCCACAUUCUCAAGCGAUUUCCAAGUGUAGGAGCUGCUCGGUCUGGGAACCUCACAUUUAUGGUAGGAGGAGUUGAAGAUGAAUUUGCUGCUGCCCAAGAGUUGCUGGGGUGCAUGGGCUCUAAUGUGGUGUAUUGUGGAGCUGUUGGGACUGGGCAGGCUGCAAAGAUCUGCAACAACAUGCUGUUAGCUAUUAGUAUGAUUGGAACCGCUGAAGCUAUGAAUCUUGGAAUCAGGUUAGGGCUUGACCCAAAACUAUUGGCUAAAAUCCUAAAUAUGAGUUCAGGACGGUGCUGGUCAAGUGACACUUAUAAUCCUGUACCUGGAGUGAUGGAUGGAGUUCCCUCGGCUAAUAAUUAUCAGGGUGGAUUUGGAACAACCCUUAUGGCUAAGGAUCUGGGCCUGGCACAAGACUCUGCUACCAGCACAAAGAGCCCAGUCCUUCUUGGCAGCCUGGCGCAUCAGAUCUACAGGAUGAUGUGUGCAAAGGGCUACUCAAAGAAAGACUUCUCAUCCGUGUUCCAGUUUCUACGAGAGGAGGAGACAUUCUGAGCGUGCCCUUUGGCCAUGGAUACUGUUGGAAACCAAACUCUGUCUUGGAGUCUCUUUCUAGUUCACUCCACAAGUAAAUGGGUUUAAUCAAAGUUCACCUGUCUGCUUUUGAUUGUCUAGGUCACAGUAAUCCCUAGGAUUUUUUUCACCCAUUUUUUUAACCACUUAUUUUUUUGUCUUUUUAGCAAACAUGUUAUCUGGACAACUUUUUCAUGCAAACCACUGAUGGUCUCUGUGCUAACUAGGUGAAUUGACCUGUUUGAAACAUUUGAUCCCUGGGCAUCUUCAACUAAGUUGUUGAAUACUUCAAUCAGGAUAUUAUUUACUCUACUUACAAAUAAAACCAAAUAUUUUGUCAAUGGAAUGAAACCCAUCUUAAAGGAAGGAAAAGACAUUGGUGUGAAGAGAGGUGCUAGAGAAGGGAAGUCUAGUGAAUUACUACCUGUAGCCCUCAGUAAGUGUAUCCCGUUAACCAAAUGGUGGCUGCAUUGCUGAGGUUACUGGUUUAUUUUCCAAAAAGUUUGUAAAGUGGGAGAACCUGUUGCUGCAUGUUUUCUAAUCUGGACUCAGUUACAGUAUGUUCAUAUAUCCCUCUACAACUCCCACUACUCAGCAGACUUGUUUUUAUAUAUUUUACUUCCUUGUACAUUCUUAUUACAUAUUUUUUGACUUCAAAAAAUUGACAUCUUUAGACCUGUUUCAGAGCCAAUUAUGAUACUUGCUUUAGAUAAUUAUUACAUUAUUCUAAAUAUAGCUAUAUUAUUUUGAAUUCAAAUAAAUUUCUAUGCUCAUAAUA